CUCCGGUGGGAGGGAUGUUUGCUGUUGUUUUUCCAGCUUUGUGCCUUCCUCGAGUCUUGUCUUUGCUGCUGCUAUUUUCUGGGGACGCUGAAGAGGUGGAGAUCGGUAUUCAGAGCUCUCGGUACUUCAGAGUUGUUUGUUGAGUCUCGUGUGUUCCAGGAGAGGUAGGCAGCAGCAUGAGGCUGUUUUCUCGGUGAGGCUGCAUGGAUAAUAAAUGCGUAAAUAUCCUCAACUGUCCUAUAUCUGUAUCUUAUGCUUGCAGAGUGGUGUGGAGUUGGAUGCAGUCCACUGAAUGAAAUGAAAUAAAGUAGUUUUGAAGACAGAGUGUUGCAGGAGGCUUUGGGAAGCAAUUUAUUUGUGGCAAGGUGUUAGUCUAGCAGUUAAAAUUUUGUAGGUCCUGGGCUGCUGUGCCAGCCCGCAACAGGGCUCGUCUGUGUGCGGGGCUCCCCGUUGUGGCUGCAGCACCGUUUCUAAGAGGAAUGCUGAAACAAAAGGGCUAAUGAGCACCAGAGAGGAAGGAUCUAUAACUUCCAGAUGGCAACAAGCCUGUAAUCCCUCUGGGAAGGAUUAGGGACUCAUCAGCGUGGCAGAGCCUGGCGAGGGGAGCAAAGCAAGGCACCUCUGGGCUGCAGAGUCCAGCACAGGUUUGGCAGCAUCCCGAUGCUGACCCCACUGGCCAUCCUGCCCUGAGCUGCCUCAUUUGGUCUCAAAGCAUUCUGUGGCAGCCAGGAGCUGAUCCCACAGCACUGAACUCUUCUCGUUUUAAUGGAUGGCAUGUUCUUCAGCCGAACCCCAUCUGGGUCCUGCUGCUCGCAGUGAAGAAAGGGACUUCUGCUGCUGACAGGGAGACUUCUUCCUUCUACUUUUUAUGUCCCGUGGGAUUUUAAGGCAUUCUUCUUGCUGGAUUUCACCUCCUAUCCAAGCAUAUUUUGAGGAUUUACAGACUUAUUUCCAUGGCUUUAUAAACUACUGGGAUCUGAAGGCUUCUUCUUUCUGUGCCGAUCCUCCCACCUGUCUACAAUGGGUCGAGAGCAGGAACUGAUCCAGGCUGUGAAGAAUGGGGACAUACCUGGUGUGCAGAAGCUGGUGGCCAAGAUCAAAGCAUCCAAGAGCAAGCUCCUGGGAUCUGCCAAGCGCCUGAAUGUGAACUACCAGGAUGCGGAUGGGUUCUCAGCGCUGCACCAUGCAGCCUUGGGUGGCAGCCUGGACCUCAUCUCGCUACUGCUGGAGGCACAGGCCACUGUGGACAUCAAGGACAGCAACGGGAUGCGCCCCCUGCACUAUGCGGCAUGGCAGGGGCGCCUGGAGCCGGUGCGGGUGCUGCUGCGUGCUGCUGCCUCCGUCAACAUGGCCUCCCUGGACGGGCAGAUCCCACUGCACCUUUCAGCGCAGUAUGGCCACUACGAGGUGUCGGAGAUGCUUCUGCAGCACCAGUCCAACCCCUGCCUCAUCAACAAGGCGAAGAAAACACCCCUGGACCUGGCCUGCGAGUUUGGGCGGCUGAAGGUGGCCCAGCUGCUGCUGAACAGCCAUCUGUGCGUUGCCCUCCUGGAGGGACAGUCCAAAGAUGCGACCGACCCCAACUACACCACCCCGCUGCACCUGGCAGCCAAGAAUGGGCACAAGGAGAUCAUCAGGCAGCUGCUGAAGGCUGGAAUUGAGAUCAAUAAGCAGACGAAGACAGGCACAGCCUUGCACGAGGCCGCGCUCUAUGGCAAAACAGAGGUGGUGCGGUUGCUGCUGGAGGGUGGUGUUGAUGUGAACAUCAGGAACACCUACAACCAGACAGCACUGGACAUUGUCAACCAGUUUACCACCUCACACGCCAGCAAAGACAUCAAGCAGCUGCUGAGAGAGGCAUCAGGAAUCCUGAAGGUCCGAGCUUUGAAGGAUUUUUGGAACCUCCAUGACCCAACUGCUCUCAAUGUCCGGGCAGGAGACAUCAUUACAGUCCUGGAGCAGCAUCCGGAUGGACGAUGGAAGGGGCACAUCCAUGACAUUCAGAAAGGCACCGAUCGCGUUGGGUACUUCCCCCCCUCCAUUGCUGAAGUCAUCAGCAAGCGAACAGGCAUGAUCCUCCCCCGCAUGGCGCUCACGCAUCAGCACCAGGGCACCCCUGGGGCCCUCACGACACUCCCCAGUGGGCUGCAGCACCUCCCCGACGAGUGUCCGCAGCAGGCAGCCCCAGGCAUCCCAGCACCCUAUGGCCACCUCACCCUAACCUGGACGGCCCCAGGCCCUGACAGCUCAGCAGGAGACAGGAACAGCGUGGGCAGUGAGGGCAGCAUUGGCAGCAUCCGCAGUGCCGGCAGUGGACAAAGCACCGAGGGCACCAACGGGCAAAACACCAGCAUCCUCACUGAGAACUCCAGGCCGCUGCCCUCCACCGAUGAUGACCUCCAGCAGCACCUUUUGGGAUCAGAGCCACACAAUGAGCAGCUGGCUUCCACAACAGGGCUCCCUGGCCACCAGACCCCUAGCAGCUGCCCCCCUGGAGACAGGGUCUUCUCCCACCAGUUCGUGCGACCUGAGCAUCUCCUUGAGGGGAAGGAUGCAGAAGCCAUUUACAACUGGCUGAGCGAGUUCCAGCUGGAGUCAUACACUGUCAACUUCCUCAAUGCUGGCUAUGAUGUCCCCACCAUCAGUCGCAUGACCCCAGAGGACCUGACGGCCAUCGGCGUGACCAAACCAGGCCACAGGAAGAAGAUCUCCACUGAGAUCGGGCAGCUUAGUAUCGCCGAGUGGCUGCCCAGCUAUAUCCCGGCUGACCUGAUGGAUUGGCUCAGUGCCAUUGGGUUGCCACAGUACCACAAAAAAUUGGUAAACAAUGGCUACGACUCCAUCACCAUUGUCAUGGACCUGACAUGGGAGGAUCUGCAAGAGAUUGGCAUCAACAAGCUGGGCCACCAGAAGAAGAUCAUGCUGGCUGUAAAGAAGCUCAGAGACCUCUGCAAAAACCUCAACCAAGCAGAAGCGACUCUGACAAGACACAAAGUCCCCGGUGCCCUGGACAUUGUCACUAUUGAGUCACUGGAGAAUGGGGAGUGCCAGUCCCCAAACACACUCAAAAUGACAACAUUCCAGGACAGCGAGCUCAGCUACGAGCUCCAGACAGCCAUGUCCAACAGCUGCCAUGAGACGCUCAGCAUCAAGAACAGCCAGGGAAUGUCACGGAGCCAGGAGAGCAUCGGGGUGCGGUCCCGGGGCUCAGGACACUCACAGGACAACAUACUGUCCCAGCAUCUCUCCAGCCCCUCACAGGAGAGCCUGGGCAGUGGGGAGAGCAGCAGCAGCAGCAGUGGGCAGUCCUGCAUGCCACCCCACAGCAAGGAGAGCCUGGGCAGCGUGCCAAGACAGUCCAGCCCUGAGCCCUAUGGGAAGCUCACCUCCCCUGAGGGGUUGAAUGGCUUCAGCAAUGGCAGUGGGGGCAGCCCUCCCAAGGAGAGGAACCUGCCUGAAGGCACCGAUCAGUAUGCCCGGCUGACAGCUCAGAAAGUUGCUGGCCCUGUGGGGACACUGGUGGUCACCCCUAGUACCCCGCCCCAGACUCCCAGCAAGGCGGCGGCCCCAUACUUCUUCAUGUACCCGCAUGUCUCCUCAAAAUCCCCAAGAGCCCCUUCCAGCCAGGGAUCAGAGCAGCCCAAGACCGUGGCACACUCCUACCCCUCCUUCUCCUCUGGGCAGAAGAGCAGCCUGCAAACAUCAGCCCCAAAAGCUUUCUCGUACCUGCACAGCCAGUGUAGCCCUGCUGAGCUGCUCAAGGCUGCCACAGCACCAAGUGCCUGGCAGGCCGAGGAACAGCACAAGGGGGGCGAAGGCUCCAAGUACAAGAAGCGGUCACACAGCCUGAACCGCUACGCUCUGUCAGACGGAGAGCACGAAGAAGAGGAGGUGGUGCCCACCAGCAUGCUGGGCUCCUAUGCCACCCUGACGCGGCGGCCAGGCCGCAGCCAGAUGCCACGAGCCUGCCUGCAGACAGAGGCCAAGGUGACCCGCAGCCAGUCCUUUGCCAUCCGGGCCAAGCGCAAGGGUCCCCCGCCGCCACCUCCCAAGCGUCUCAGUUCUGUCUCCAGCACUCCCACCCUCGAAGUGGACAGUGAGCAGCCCCCUGACCCCGAGCGGCAGCCUUCUGUACCCCAGGACGUGGCUGACAUGGGUGCCUGCUCUGGUGACAGCGGCCACAGCAGGACAGUGAGGAGCCUCGUGGCUGCACUGGAGGAAACACCAGGGUUGAACCCACCCAAACCUCUGCUGGCCCCAAAACCACUGCAUGUGGCACAGGACUCUCUCUCCAGGGCCGCUGUGGAUGAUCGGUCCCACAACGGUUGUGAUCCUGGCAGCGCUGCGCUCUCUGACACUGGCAGGGACCCCUUUGAUAGCAGCAAGUCGCGGAGACGGACACUGAGUGAGCCCAGUACUCCCAUGACAGAGGCUGUGCUGGGCAGGCAGGAAGAUGUCUGUUCAGACACAGAGGAAGAGGCCAAGCCAGAGGUCUCCUCAUCCUCCCAGAACAGUUCCAGUGAGUGCAUCCCCUUUGCAGAAGAAGGCAACUUAACCAUCAAGCAGCGACCAAAGCCUGCGGGGCACUCCAAGGCUGACACUGCAGUGCAGGACACAGAGCCCAGCUCCCAGCCUGCAGAGCCCCUGUGCUCUGAUGGGAAGGAGCCGGCUGUGUCCGCUGCCACCAGGGAGCUGCCCAUGCUGGAGUUCAACCUCACCGAGUCGGACACAGUGAAGCGCCGGCCCCGCUUCAAGGAGCGGGAGCCGCUGCAGGCAGUGCUGAAGGCAUUCAGCAUGGCAGGGCAGGCUGAGGUGGGGGCCAGCUCUGCAACCCAGUAUGCCCAGGCCCAGGCUGUAAGCAUCAUGGGCCCCACCACACAGGGGCCAGCACUGCAGGCUGCACUGGCUGGAGAUGCCUUUGAUGAUGACAGUGUAGAGUUCAGGAUUGCUGAGAUAGAGAAGAGCAUCUUGUCACUGGAGAAGGGGAUUAAGAAGGCACCGAGCCCCAUCAAAACCCCCAGCCCCACGGAACUGCUUGGUGGCACUGCCGUGGUGAGGAUGUCUGCUCCAGACAUCCCUGCCAAGCACACUUCGGUGGCGUCCACCAAGCUGGUGUUCUCUGGGCCCAAGACCAUCUACCAGCAGGUCCUGCAGCCCUCUCGUCAUACUGUUGCUCCCUGGGCAGCCACUGAGGCAGUACCAGAUGUGAUCGGGUCCCUGGCUGGCCCCAGUCUGCUGACACUGGAGGCAAGAGGCAAGGUGUUUGCAAAGCCCUUGGCCGCUGCCCCAGGCACUGCCCAAGUCGAGCAGCGGCUGGAGCACACCAGCAUCACCACAUUGCAGGCAGCCGAGAAGAAGAUGACAGUGGAGGAGGUGCAGAGCCCCCCCAGGGCCAUGCACUCGGCCAAGAACAUCCUGGAGGACAUCAGCAAUAUGUUUGAUGAUCUGGCCGACCAGCUGGACGCGAUGCUGGACUGAGGCUUGUUCCCUCUUUCCCUUUCCUGCCUCUGGCUACUCUGUCAGCAUGAUGGGGGAAGAGCAGAUCAGUGCCAAGUGGUGCCUUGAAGUCCCUCCGGCUGCCCCCUCCCUGUACUUCAUGCCGCAGUUGGGGAUGUGGAUGGCCCUCCUCACCCCUCGUGUCACUGAGAGCUGCCUGGCCUCGUGUCACCACUGCUGUGCAACUGUGGGCUGCUUUCCGAGGGAGUUGGGCAUUUUCCUUUGGACUAUCAGAGAGAGCCCAGGAGGGCUGCACAUGUGUUCCUGGAGGCCAUGGAGGAGCCCUUGCUCCCUUGCAGGGAGCUGAGGAAACUCCACAAGGGACCGUUCUCUUUCUUCACCGCACUGAGUCCUGCUUCUUAUUAUUUAUCCCCUGCCAACAAUCUGUCAAAAGAAAGACCUUCCUGGGCAGCUGCCAUGGAGCUGGCUACUGCGCAGAUCCCAGCCCCGGCAGGGCCUGACAGCAGCUGAAAGAAGACAGGGCUUGUCCUCAUUUGGCAGCUUGUAGAGUGAGAAGGAACCUUCCUGCUUUAUUCGUUGCUUUUCCAAACGCAUCAGUGUCAGGCAACAUGUAAUGCAAGUGGAUUGAAAGCCCCAGUGGGACCCACACCUCCCAGGAUGGGGCUGGCACUGCCCACAGAGCUGAGGGAUGUGGGGGGCCGCCUGCCUGCACCCUCAGUCGUGAGGAUGGUGGCACUGAAUGCCACACACAGACGCAUUUAUGCCAGUCUGGAGCAGCGUGCUCCGUGGAGGCUGCCCUCUGGUGACACUGUGCCUACCCAAAAUGCAGCCCUGGUGCUUCCAGGGAUGAAGUAGCAGAAUGGUUAGUGGUGGCUUGUGGUUUUUUUUUUUUUGACCCUCAUUUCCUUCUUUUUGGGUGUGGUCCCUCUUCCUACUCCCUCUUCCCCAUUCACACUCUCCCUGCAGGGAGAUACUGGCACAAACGCAACUGUGAAUGCUGUUACACAGCAGCAGCAUUUGGGACCUGGCUUCCAUGCAGCACUAAAACCCAGUGAGAGAGGUGAUCCCACAUGCAUGGGGUGAACUCAGCUCAGCAGCAGCUACUGUGCACACACACUGGAUGCAGUUACAGCCCUGUGGCUGCAGCAGGGGAACAGCAAUGAUAGUUCAUUGCAUCCGAGCAAGUAGGAACGGCUGCAUAGCUUGAAGACAGAUUUCUCUUGCAGGAUCUGUUUAGUAGUGCAUGUCUAAAUAUGACCAAGAGCCCUGAACUUGGCUUGCACUCAGCAUGCCAAGCAAAUGAAAGCACCAGAGCACCAGAAGGGAACCUAAGAUUGUGCUGAAGUGCCAUUUGUUAGAAAGAUUCCGAACAAAGGGGAAAAAAAAACUCAAUUUUCUACCCCUUUUAGAAAACGUCCCACUCAGAACCAAACUGGAAAGGGAGAAAGUGGCCAAAGAGGCAGUUUCCCCAGUCCUUUGGGGAAUGCGAGACUGCACAGCCCAUUGCCCUGCGUGGAGGAGCAGAGCCUGCCCAGAUUGCUCCCAUGGGCCUUCCUCCACAUGGCCAUGGUACCAUGGCCUGGCAGGAGGUGCUAGCGUGGCUUCUGGGCUGGGAAGCAAAGAUGGAAAAUUCCCCAAGAAGGAAUUGGCUGGGACUUGAGGUCAGUUUGAGGUGGUUAAGACACCUUACUGCUGGCUAGUUGGUUGCUCUGUUCUAUACAUCAUGUUGUGUGUAUUUAAAUGACCACGUCUGGCAGGCAAGUGCUACGUCGUGGACAUGAUGCUUUUAAAAUAGCUCCAGCCAGUGGCACUUUAUCAAAAGGUUUGCACAAACCUUUAAAAACUGUUUUUUAUUCUCACGAGUCAAUCUGGGACAAACCCAGGGGUUUUUUGUUUUUCUGAUGCUGAUAAACUGUAAAUUUUUUUGUUGUUAAGGCCAAUGUAUAUAUGCUAAAUGUGAUUUAUUAUAUAUAUUUACUAGCCAGAACUGCAAGUCUUGUACUCUGGGGUCAGGGAUAAGAGGACGCUGGUGUGGAGCUGUCACUGUCUGAGCCACGUGAGGGCAGCAUCAUGCUGCUCUCAUUGUCAAUAAGGGAAUUAAUCCUUUGAUUUUUGCAGAAUGCCUAUUUUUUAAGCUCUAGAUCUCUAUUUUGAAGCUACUGUAUGGUGUGUAAGUUACGUACACUGCAGCUGGGACUGACCCUGCCUGCACCUGCUCCGUGCAGCAAGACAGAGGCAAAAAAAAUCGCCUAUGUAAUCACUAGACUGACAGCAGAUUUUAAACCAUCUGCUCUGUUUGUGUUGAUAAUGUGUUUUGUUUUCCACUAACAUUGAUUAAGACUAAAUUCUAUUAAACAGUGGGGCCUAUUUUACCCUUUUUAUA